UCCAUUUAUUUUUGAGACCUCGUCUUCUCACCCUCGCAGUUCUCACACUCACACACGGCUCAUCUCGUCUUCACAGCGGCCUCAGCUGCGUAGUACAGCGCUACACCGCCUGGCAUGAUGGCUCGUUCUGGGGCGGCUUUGCCGCUGCCGCUGGUGGUGGUGGUGGUCGUGGUCGGCGCGUGCUGCGGGAGCGUGAGGCCGGCGGCGGCGGCGGCGGCGCGCCUCUCCGCGCUCGGCAGGACACUCGUCGUCGAGGCGUCGCCAGAGGCCGGCCAAGGGUUCUGCAGAUUUGAUGUGAUGGACAAACUCAAACAUGUCACGCUGCGUCAUUCCUGUCAAAAAUUCACAGUCCUGCACGCCGGCGAGGACACGAUCACCGUGACAUGGCGUCUGAACGCGUCGGCGCCGGCCGGCGCGGACGCCGGGUACAAGGCGGUGAAGGUGACCCUCUGCUACGCGCCGGCGAGCCAGGAGGACCGCGGGUGGCGCAAGGCCAACGACGACCUGAGCAAGGACAAGGCGUGCCAGUUCGAGAUCGCCCAGCCGCAGCCGUACGCGUACGCCGCCGCCGCCGGCCCGGGCACGGGCGCGGGCACGACGCUCCGGUACAGGGUGGCCCGCGACGUCCCCACCGCGUCCUACCACGUGCGCGCCUACGCCCUGGACGCGUCCGGGGCGCCCGUGGGCUACGGCCAGACCGCGCCCGCCUACUACUUCCGCGUCGCGGGCGUCACGGGCAUCCACGCGUCCCUCCGCGUCGCCGCCGCCGUGCUCUCCGCGCUCUCCGUCGCCGCGCUCGCCUUCUUCGCCGUCGUCGAGAAGAGGAGGAAGGACGAGUGAGCGCCGACCACGGGGUAUCAGGCAGCCGCCACCGUGUCCGUGCGAGCGCUGUUGGUGGACCAGGACGUCGUGCUGCGGUGCAGUUGUAACACGAGGACGUAGUAAAAAUGGCUCGGAAGUGACACUGUAAUAAGCAAACCUCACAAGGUUAAGACGCACUGGUCCAUCUCACAAACAUGAAACAUCAGGUCCAGAUGAGAUGAACUCGAUCAACAAAGCACAAUGCGGCUAGUGACACGUCGAGUAGCGAGCUGUUCGACGCUGUCAUCCCCUUCCAAUACGGCCUCCCGAACCGGUCGCCGCCGCAGGGACAAGUAAUCUUUUAUUCUUUU